AUGGAGUACCGGGAAAGUACCGGGGGCGAUUGGAUUGUGAGCUACAUUCGCGUUAAUUUGGUUAAGAACUGCAGGCGGGGUCCUGUCAGUAACGUACCGUCUUGUCCCGUCCGGAGGAACACAUGGACUGAUGCGGAGCCGUCCAGCCGGACGCUAGAGGGCACAGUCACUGAAGCAGGAGUACUGGAUCAGAAGCUGCAUCAGCUCCUGGUAGAAACAAAUGAGGAUAGAUUGCUUGGCAAAAGUUACGUUCAUAGUUCAAUUGAAGUGGAGUCCGAGAAGAUCCAGACCCCAGACCGGGGUCUGUCUAUCAUGUCCAGCAGUCAUUCCAGCACAAUUGACCGUAAACGCGCCGGAAGCGUCAUCGCCAGUGCAAGUGCAGCCAGCAGCGAGUAUUUAUACGGCGGGUGCGACCAGAUGCGGCGACAACGAUCUGCUGAGUGGCACAGCCAUCGCCCCGGCUAUGAAAGCAGCAGUGACGACGAAUACCAGAACACGGCCCGGCACGCUUCGUUUGAUACGCAGCUUCUGGCCCAGUUGCUUAUCCAAAGCCAGCAGUUGGCAAGCAUGGAACACUACAAUUCGGACUGCGAGCCGGAGUAUUUGAGACAGCGAGACCGUCGAUUGGGAGGGGGAGGCCCCGUGACGGCAGUCCCUGGUCAGGCAGUGACCUACGCGCAACCGCACCAAGGCACGACGGCCCGUGGGGGCUCGCCACUGAAGCUGGCCACCGUGUCGACCAUAAAAUAUCAAUCCAAUGCCAAUCUAGGCCUAUUUCCCAACAGCAGUGCCACUUCGACAGCCACAGAUACAACUGCAGCUGCAUCCACAGCCGUUGCUACACCACGCAGUACAAAUCCCUUCUUAAGCGACAAAUUCACGGCGGACGAUGAGUCCACAGGCACGGUCCUGUUGCCCGCCUCGGCCUCCUCUUCGACGGCUGCCUCAAGCCGCAGUCGGAGCCACCGGAGCAGCGGAGCGGCACGCAGCACGCUGAACCGCUUGAGUGGCAUGACCAGCUCCAGCAGUGGUGCCUCGGCCUUGUCCGUCAAUCGCAGCGAUUCAUUGCGACAGCGACAUCCGAGCCAAAGUCAUAGCCAGGCGCAGCAUUCGCACCCGAGCCAGGUGCGGAGCUUGAGCGGCGUCAGUGGUGACGCCGAUGGAAAUGGCGAGGGAGACUUUGACGAUUUUGCCGGUAGCAGCGGGGAGUCAGAACCACCACCAGAUCCGGCGCCGCCAGAGAUACCACCGCGCACGCAGUCACUGCUAAUGUCUUUGCGCAAGCACUCGGAAUACAGGCUCAAAUAUGAGGAAAAAGGGGACCAAAAACACGAGGAAUUCAUCCCAACCGUCAAGCUUCAGAAGAAUUAUAUUAUCAGCGAUAACUUACGCUCAACGGACCAGCAGUUUAAACCUCAGUCGCCAGUCGACACGCAGGGGUAA